UGUGAGUCGUUUUAUAAAUCUCCCCCCCGAGCCCGAGUCUCUUACCUCCUGCACUCCGUGGGCCGUGACUGUGUGGUGUGAAGAAAAAAAGUGAGAUUCAAGAUGUCUGCAGGCAAUGCACAAAUUGGAAAGCCGGCCCCUGAUUUCACUGCCAAAGCGGUGAUGCCGGAUGGACAGUUCCACGAUCUGAAGCUGUCAGACUACAGAGGAAAGUACGUCGUGUUUUUCUUCUACCCGCUGGAUUUCACCUUUGUUUGUCCGACUGAGAUAAUCGCUUUCAGUGAUGCUGCCAAUGAAUUCAGGAAGAUUGGAUGUGAGGUCAUCGCCGCCUCAGUGGACUCACACUUCUCCCAUUUUGCUUGGGUCAACACACCACGUAAGCAGGGUGGUCUGGGUACCAUGAACAUCCCCCUGGUGUCUGACACACGGCGCACCAUCUCCAAAGAUUACGGGGUCCUGAAAGAGGAUGAGGGCAUCGCCUACAGGGGUCUAUUCAUCAUUGAUGACAAGGGCAUCCUGAGACAGAUCACCAUAAACGACCUCCCAGUUGGACGCUCUGUUGAGGAGACCUUGCGUUUGGUUCAAGCCUUUCAGUUCACAGAUAAGCACGGAGAAGUCUGCCCCGCCGGCUGGAAACCAGGAAAUGACACCAUCAAACCUGACGUCCAGAAGAGCAAAGAUUUCUUCUCCAAGCAGUAAUAAGCCCAAGGCCGGAGUCUGCUAUCUGCUGUAGGAGAUUUCAUUUUGUGAUUACAUUUCGAACAAUAUUUACUGAAGCCGUUGUGCCUGUGGACGAGUGAGCCAGCUGUUGUAGUUGAUGUGCUGUUUGUGUUUUGUUGUGUGUAGCGUGAACAGUGCACUUAGACCAAAGUAUGUAAUUGUGUUAAAACACUGCAAUUAUGUAUGCUGUAUUCACUGUCUGACAGAGCCAAAUGUGUGUUUGUUCUCUCAUGUCAUUCCCCAUUAUUGUUACAUACAAAGGACCAAACUGUCUGAAGCAUUUCACUGAAAUUAAGUAGAAAUUCACCUGCCUAUUAUGUAUUUAUGUAUCACGCUUACAUGACUUCUUAUGGUAUUGUUAAGCACAUUAAGAAUAUUUUGGAAUGAUGUACAUUUACCCAGAUACGUUAUAAAUUACACAAUAGCACAAGAGAGUCUAUGAUUCCUUUAUAUUUAUUGCAUCUUUUUCCUCAGUCAACAGUUAUAACACACGGUUAAACAACAAAAACAGGCCAAUGUUGAAUUAUGUCCAUGUAUGAAGAUCUUUAAUAAA